AUGGCCGCAAUCUGGGAUGACCCUCGAGCUCCCUACCUGGAGAUGAACCCCAGAGAACCAAUGUCUGAGAUUACGGCAUGGUACGCGAGAUACAACCUCUGCAGAACAUACUUUUUCGACUACACCCAGUACAGCGAGGCUGUGAUCGCCUUGGCCGAAUUUCUCAACAUCCAGCUCCCACACUCAACCCGAGUAGCGAGGAACCAAGUCAAGCUCCGCCCAUACAUCCGACGACUCAUCGUAACGGGCUACGACACAGAGGAAGUACUAUCUCUGUGGUUCGGCGCGGACUGGAAAGGCGGGGUUGGGAGGGUAUUGCAGCAGGAGCGCCUCAAUUAUAUGUUGGCGGCCAUGAGCACCAGCUGGUUUGGGGUGAAACAGGCUUAUGAUUUUGGCCCAGCCCAGAGUGUACCAUUUUUGAAGGAGCUUGAGGCGCCUGACAUCGAGGCGCUAAGAAGGGCACGGGAUCGGUGGGCGAAUAUGCAGAAUUUGAUCACCGAAGAGGACGUGAUAGUCAAGAGUGAGAGGGAGGCGGCAUAA